UCCUCCGCCCAGCCCCGCCGCCGCCGCCUCACCCUCACCCACUGAGGAGGCGGGGGCCGCCAUCAUCGCCGCCCACGCCCAGGAAGACCUGGCCGACGACGACGACGACGAGGAGGAGGGGGAGAAAAAGGACGACGACGAGGAAGAGGCCGCGGCGGAGGCCGAGCGGCACAUCCGGCAGCGCUAUGAGGAGCUGUGCAGCAGCCUCAACAUGGACGAGCGCGCCCGAGCCGAGGCCUGGCUGAACUACCAGAACAUGAGGAGGAAUUACACUCUGGAGGGAAAUGAUCUACAUUGGCUAGCAUGUUCCUUAUAUGUGGCUUGCAGAAAAGCUGUCCCAACAGUUAGUAGAGGAACUGUUGAAGGAAACUAUGUAUCUUUAAUCAGAAUAUUGCGCUGCUCAGGACAAAGUUUGAUAGAGUUUUUUAACAAGAUGAAGAAAUGGGAAGAUAUGGCAAAUCUACCCUCCCAGUUCAGAGACCGUACCACACGAUUAGAAAGAAACUUUACAGUUUCUGCUGUAAUUUUUAAGAAGUAUGAACCCAUUUUUCAGGACAUUUUCAAGUACCCUCAAGAUGACCAACCACGCCAGCAGAGAGGAAGAAAACAAAGGAGGCAACCCUGCACAGUCUCUGAGGUUUUCCAGUUUUGCUGGGUGCUGUUUGUUUAUGCAAAAGGCAAUUUCCCUAUGAUCAGCGAUGACUUGGUCAAUUCCUACCAUCUCUUGUUAUGUGUCCUCGAUCUAGUCUAUGGAAAUUCUCUGCAGUGCCCAAAUCGCAAGGAGCUUCUGAAUCCUAGUUUUAGAGGGUUGCCUGAAGAUUUUCAUAGUAAGGAUUUUAAGCUGUUGUCUGAGCCUCCCUGCAUCAUUGAAAAACUCUGCUCCUUGCACGAUGGGUUGGUAUUGGAAGCCAAGGGCAUAAAAGAGCAUUUCUGGAAACCCUAUGUGAGAAAACUUUUUGAGAAAAAGAUUCUAAAGGGAAAAGAAGACAAUCUGACAGGGUUUCUAGAUCCUGGAAACUUCGGAGAAAGCUUCAAAGCCAUCAACAAGGCCUAUGAGGAAUACGUAUUGUCAGUUGGAAAUCUAGAUGAACGGAUUUUUCUUGGGGAUGAUGCAGAUGAAGAAAUAGGAACCCUGCGAAGAUGUUUAAACACAACCUCAGGAAUGGAGACAGCUGAAAGAGUACAAGUGAAGUAUAACCUGCAGGAGCACUUUGAACGGGCAAAAUCCUUUAGAAUUUCUACACCUCUUACUGGCCGAAAAUAUAUCAAGGAGAGCGACUCUUGUGUGAGUCCUGUUUCCAUAGCUACGUACAGCUUGACACGACUUCAUACAAUGCUUACAGGCCUGAAAAAUGCCCCUAGUGAAAAUCUGGAGAAAAUUCUCAGUAAAUGUUCUAGGGAUCCUUCGAUGUCAAUUGCUAACAGAAUGAAAGAAAUGCAUGAAAUUUAUUGUAAGAGGACACAGUCUCAGGGAGAGCCUGGUGGCUUCUCUAAGGAUAUUGUUGGAAAACACUUUCGCCUUGCUGAGGUCCUUUACUAUAAGGUAUUAGAAUCUGUCAUUGAGAAAGAAAAGAAAAGGCUUGGAGAAGCUGAUUUAUCUGCAAUCCUGGAACACGAUGUGUUUCACAGGUCUCUCAUGGCCUGCUGCCUUGAGGUAAUUAUUUACUCUUACAAGGCAGCUGACAAUUUCUCAUUCAUCGCUGAUAUAUUUGAUGUCCCCGCCUUUCACUUUUAUAAGGUGAUAGAGAUUCUGAUUAGAGCAGAAGAUGGCCUUUGCAGAGAAGUAGUAAAGCACCUCAAUCAUAUUGAAGAGCAGAUUUUAGAAAGUCUGGCAUGGAAAGAGCGGUCUCCUUUGUGGGACAAAAUCAGAGAAAAUGAAAAUAAAGUUCCAACCUGUGAAGAGGUAAUGCCAUCUCAGUAUUUUGAAAGGUCAAAUGGGAACAGUGUGGCAGGUUCCCCCUUAACUCCAAGGAGACUAAAUGAGGUUCGUGCUGAAACUGGAACACUGGGAAUGGGUCUUUCGUCUUCUCCAACCACACUUUAUGAGAGAUACAGCUCCCCAACAAGUAACCCUACUAGGAGAAGGUUGUUUGUUGAUAAUGACACACCAACGGAAGCCGCUCGGACCCCUGUGAGGGUCUCCCAGCAGCCUGUGAUCAAUGCGAUGCCCGUACAGAACGUCUCCCCAGAAUCAAUACCUGUGACUCCGGUACCUGGGCAGACUUUAGUAACUGUAGCAACUGCUACUGUAACUGCAAAUAAUGGGCAGACAGUUACCAUUCCGGUACAAGGCAUUGCCAAUGAAAAUGGAGGAAUAACUUUCAUUCCGGUCCAGGUCAACGUAAGUGGGCAGGGUCAACCGCUGUCCAGUUCCAUGCAGCCUCUCAGUGCACAGACCCUUGCUGGGACUCUGAGUACUCAACAGGUGGCAGGCACAGCUCUUCAGUUGCAGGGCCAGUUCCCACAGAUUGCCCUUCCUGGCGAACAACAGCAAAGGCAGCACAUGGGCAGCAGUGGCAGUAGAUCCCGGAAGGCUGGCUCCCUCUCGCUCUUCUUUAGAAAGGUGUUUCAUUUAGCAAGUGUCCGUCUGCGGGAUCUCUGUCUCAAACUGGAUAUUUCAGAUGAGCUGAGGAAGAAAAUCUGGACAUGUUUUGAGUUCUCACUGGUACAGUGCUCUGAGCUGAUGAUGGAGCGACAUUUAGACCAGCUCUUAAUGUGUGCUAUUUAUAUAAUAGCAAAGGUUACAAAAAAAGACACUUCCUUUCAUAACAUCAUGCGCUGCUAUCGGACCCAACCACAAGCUAAGAGCCAUGUGUAUCGAAGUGUCUUGAUUAAAGGCAGAAGACGAAGGUAUUCAGGCAGUAGCGAAAGCAACAACCAACGGAAUUCCCCAACUGAGAGAAAUAGGGAGAGAACAAGCCGAGAUUCCAGUCCAGUGAUGAGAUCUAGUAGCACCCUGCCAGUACCGCAGCCCAGUAGUUGCCCACCUACUCCAACACGCCUGACUGGAGCCAACAGUGACCUUGAGGAAGAAGAGCGCGGGGACCUGGUUCAGUUUUAUAACAACGUCUACAGUGACCGAAUUAAAGAGUUUGCCUUGAAAUACUCCUCAACCAACGGAGCUGAAGCACCUCCCUUGUCUCCAUACCCUUUUGUAAGAAGUGGCUCUCCCCGCAGAAUACAGCUGUGUCAGAACCGCAAAGUUUACAUUUCCCCUCACAAAAACGAGUCUGCACUUUCUCCACGUGAGAAGAUAUUCUACUACUUCAGCAGCAGCCCAUCAAAGAGGCUUCAAGAGAUUAACAGUAUGAUCAGAACUGGGGAGACGUCAACGAAGAAGAGGGGCAUUGUCCUGGAGGAAGGUUCUGAAUCACCAGCCAAGCGUAUGUGCCCAGAAAAUCACACCGCCCUCCUGAGGAGGUUACAAGAUGUGGCGAAUGACAGAGGCUCCCACUGACUCAAAUAGACUGCCUUCCAGUUUGUUUGUGCGUGUGUGUGUUUUGCCAUCUAGAAUUUGGUCAGCAAUGACAGACCUUGCACCCUCCACAUCUUUGAGGCACUUUCCGUAGAGAAAUGAAGGGUUUUUGAACCUUGUAGCAGGGGAACUGCAGCACUGUAAUCCUCCUUUGUUGGAAAGAGUGAAGACUAUUUCGUUCAUCUUGAUGCCAGAACAGAAAAUGCCACACCGCUCUUGCUCUAAGUAUACUCCGAAGGAGCACAGACAGCCGCAGUUUUCAGAUUACAGCAUUUUUAACUUAUUUGGCAUUAGUGAUUGAGUAGUAGCAACUGGUGAUAAGUAGCAUCCUUACAUUAGUUCAGAGAACAUUAUUUUUUUUAGCUAUUUAGUAAUUUAUCAGUGUAAUGCUUGGAAUUUGUAGCAUUGAAAAAGAGAAAAGAUACAUUUCGAAAUAAGUCGGACAGCGAUGAUGGAAUUAAUGCUUUGAUCCCGGCUACCUGCCCCAGGGAACAGAUAUUGUAUCCAUUUUUAACUGGGAGUGCUAAGGCAAAGCAGCAUUUUAGCAAACUGUCAGGAAAAUUUUAGUCCACUCUUCCCCAGUUUUCUUCCAUGUGCCCUGAUUGUGGGUACACUUCUGUACAUGCAAGAAUUUCAGGUUGUUUUUAGCUGUGCAAUGUUUUAAGUGAACUCUACAGAAGGUAGCACUUCAACACCUCUAAAGCAUUGUUUUGAAAUGCAGAUGAGAGACCUGGCUACUUUGCAAUGGCACUUUUAAAAAAUAUAUUUUAAAUAGCCAAACAA